AUGAAGGAGAAGAAGCAAAGCACGGCAAAAGAAACACUAUGCGUUUUGGGUAGGCCGCCAUGUGCGCUGCACUACAUGGGGGGUUACGUUGCCAAUUGUAAAACAGAAGCACUUGAGGAAGACACACGCACCUCUAAAUCUGAAGGCUGUGUUGCCAGAGAGGGCGGCUCAAUGUGUCUCAAAACCAAAUGCGAGCCGCCUGGAGGUGUAGGCACGACACGAAGAGAAAUGCUUGCCGCGAUUUCUCUGCGUUGA